UUUAAUAGUAUAUCUAAUUGAUGAUCAGAAUGUUCAACAAAUACAAAAGUUUGAUAUGACCAAUUCACCCUUAGACGUGUAUUCUGUACCCAGUUCCAUGGCAAUGCUCCAGACACCAACAAGGGAGAAAUCGUACCUUUUAGUUGGGUUAAAGCAAGGUUCUAUUUUAACCUUUCAACUGAUUAUGUCAGAUCAGGGAACCCCUAAUCUGAAACUUAUGCAGGAUACAUGCUUCUCCAUACUCAAUAUCGGUACAUGCUCUGUACACCUUACACCAUGUUUGCAGAACGAUCUUAGUAUAUACGCCUUGUCUGAUGAUCUUUGGAAAAUUAGCUGUUGUGAUAUUGACAAACUCUCAACCGACCGCGUUCUUUUACCAAAGUUUAAUAGUUCGGUUGACGCGUUUAUUCCUUUGGGCUGUGAUUCUGAUUCGAAUAUUUAUGCAGACGAAACCGCAGCUUUACUUGUUGAUGAUAAGUUGCAUAUAUUUCAACUAUCAAUAAACGCCAAAAUGAAUACUUCAAAGAUAAGGCUCGGAGAGACGCCUCGACGUGUGAUCUAUGACAAAUUGCUUAAUUAUAUCGUUGCAAUCACGACAACUUCUGAUUCAGGUGCUCUGAAGAGCUAUAUUAACUUGCUAGAUCCGAUUAAUGGGCAGCCGCUGACUGAUAGCUCCUUGAUUUCAAACGAUAAUCAUAUUGAAAAUAGUUCCAAUACAGUACUUUCCGCCGCAGGUGAGCAAUACUAUAGAUUCCGUCUUUCAUGCUUACGGUGCUGCUUACUUAAUUUUACUUUUUAUGGAAAUGUUAGAAUGGUUAAUUGA